UUCACAGAGGGUGUUUGUGAGAUAUGGUUGACCAGUGAAGACACAGGGGCUUACGGCAGGGACAUUGGCACCAAUCUCCCCGCACUGCUGUGGCAACUGGUUGAAGUGAUUCCUGAGGGAGCAAUGCUGAGGCUUGGCAUGACAAAUCCACCCUAUAUUUUAGAGCAUCUGGAGGAAAUGGCAAAAAUCCUUAAUCAUCCCCGAGUCUAUGCCUUUCUGCACAUCCCGGUCCAGUCUGCCUCUGACACUGUCCUCAUGGAAAUGAAAAGAGAAUACUGCGUGGCUGACUUCAAAAGAGUAGUGGAUUUUCUGAAAGAGAAAGUUCCUGGAAUAACUCUUGCUACAGAUAUUAUCUGUGGUUUUCCUGGAGAAACAGAUCAAGAUUUUCAAGAAACAGUGAAGCUUGUGGAAGAGUACAAAUUUCCAAGCCUCUUUAUUAACCAGUUUUACCCAAGACCAGGAACUCCUGCUGCAAAAAUCCCACAGGUUCCAGCACAAGUGAAAAAGCAAAGAACGAAAGAUCUUUCCCGGGUAUUCCAUUCCUACAAUCCGUAUGACCACAAGAUUGGCGAAAGACAACAAGUGUUAGUGACAGAAGAAUCUUUUGAUUCCAAGUUUUAUGUUGCCCACAAUCGAUUCUACGAGCAGGUGAGAGGCACUUGCGCGUUCUUGCGCUUUCUCCAAAGUGAGAAAGGGCUGUGAAGUGAAUCA